AUGAACGAUCUCUUCCGUAAUAUGCUUGCCUCGGGCAGCAGUAGCAAUUCCGCCUCGGAGAGUGGAAAUCCCUUCAUCGGAAGUAUCAUUGAGUUGAAAGAAAAUACACUCCGUCUGGAAGAGCUGAUUGCAGAAGGUGGAUUCGGAUUAGUCUUCAGGGCUCGUGAUGUCAAGACUUCUCAAAUCUAUGCACUGAAGCGACUAAUUAACUCGGACAGUGAAUCUCGAGAGGAGAUCGAGAAUGAAAUAUCCAUGCUUAGUCGCGUGCAGAAGCACAAACACAUCAUGGAGUUUUACUACUGUGAUAAAGUAAAACCAAACAUUUCAUUCCUGCUUUGUGAAUAUUGUGGUUCAGGCUCAUUGAAGGAUCUUCAGCUGCCCAUUGCCAAUAAGCAACAGUUACAUCGAGUAGCGUAUCAGCUUUGCCUUGCACUGGAGCGAAUUAACAUGCUGGGAAUUAUUCACCGCGACAUAAAGAUCGAAAAUGUUCUCUUUGAUCAUGCUGGCUUCAUCAAAUUGUGCGAUUUCGGUUCUGCCACUGACAAGUCUUACACACCUGAUCACAACUGGACGCCCAUUCAGCGGUCACUCUUGGAGGAUGAGAUGAAUCGUCACACCACACCAAUGUACAGGCCACCAGAAAUUCUCGAUACCUACCUGCAUUAUCCAAUCAACACCGCCAUGGAUAUCUGGGCCUAUGGUUGUCUGCUCUUCUGCCUUCGCUUUGGACAGCAUCCAUUUGAGGACUCGGCAAAGCUUCGAAUACUGAACUGCAACUACACUAUUCCAGCACCUGUUAACGAGUCGGAUGUUAUUGUGCAGAUGAUCAAGUCCUGCUUGAAGUUGAACCCUUCGGAGAGAACCGAUGCCAGUAACAUGAUUCGCCUCAUGGAAGCCAACUUUGUUGAUUUGAAUUCACCGUGUGUGCCCCCGCGAAGUUUGCCACAAGCCAACCCCGUUCAGAUGACUACCCCUGCCCCNCCCAUGACUACCCCUGCCCCCACAUCGUCGAACAUAGCCGCAGCACCUUCGGGCAACGUUCCAGGCAUUGCCCAGUCAUACUUUUCCGGUUUCACUCGGUACAUAAAGGACACCNCCACAUCGUCGAACAUAGCCGCAGCACCUUCAGGCAACGUUCCAGGCAUUGCCCAGUCAUACUUUUCCGGUUUCACUCGGUACAUAAAGGACACCUCUAGCAAAGUGAUGCAAACGGUGCAAAAUUCAAUUGCUCGACAAGACCUUGAUCUCUCGUUUAUAACCUCCCGACUGGUUGUGAUGUCGUAUCCCGCCGAAGGACUGGAGUCUGCCUACCGAAACCACAUUGAAGACGUGAAAGCCUACCUCGAUUCACGCGGCUACCCCUACAUGGUCGUCAAUGUCAGCGGUCGCUCCUAUGACUCACUCAAGUUUGGCGCCCACAUCAAGGUCAUUGAUGGCGGGGCCUCGUGGAGAGACGCUAAAAGGCCCCCUUCGAUGAAGUCACUCAUUAGUCUGUGUGACUCGAUCUUCAAGUGGACUAAUCAGAAUGCGCGAAAUGUAGUCGUCAUUCACUGUAUGGACGGAAAAGCAAACUCUGCACUGUUGACCAUAUCUUUUCUGCUUCUGAUCGGCCUAUUUAAAGAGUACAAAAAGGCGUACAAGUUUUUUAGCAGCAGACGUCCACAAGUUGAGUUAAGCAACUCUCAGCAUCGUUUUUUAAACUAUGUCAGCAAACUGAAAAGUGACGAAAAGUACCUCGGAUUCUUUUCCUCCAGCAAUCUAGUGCUGAUCAAAAGCGUCACCAUGCAAGGCAUUCCCAUAUUUACCAAAAUGAGAGAUGGAUGUCGUCCUUUUCUGGAGAUUUUCUCUGAAAGCAAGCUCUACUCUACGUGUACCGAUUACGAGAAGCUA